ACAAGAUACCGAAUAAUAAUACGGAGAUGAUCAUGUCGAUACACGACCCGCUAUCCCGAAAGCGUCCCCUAGAUAAUGCCAAUGAAGAGUCUCCAAAUAAUCUAGAUAAUCAUCAAGGACCAAUGAAUAAAAAGGUUAGAGAAGAUGACUUUAACGACAAAAUGUAUACUAUCUUUGUGAAAACUGCAUUAGAGAAGCUUGAGCAUAACAGAGACACGAAUCAAAUUGAAUCUUUAACUACAAAAAUAAGUCUUCCAAGGGAUAAUUCUGAGUCCAUUACUACUGCCAAUUUUAAGGUGGUAUUGAAGAAUUUGAUUUCAAACGUUUCAAAAUUGGAUAACGAAUCCUGCAACCAGUUAAUACUUCUGAUCAUAGAUUACAAAUGGAUCAAUGUCCAAGAUUCUGAAUUCAAAGAUAUUUAUUCCCAAUUUUUAUUGGUUUUGAUUUCUUCAAUCCCCAAAUAUCUAUUCAAAGUCUUGAAUAAGAUUUGUCUGGAAUUCAAGGACGUAGACAACCACUCCAACCACUUGCAUCACAGUAUUAUGAAGAACAUUGUCAAAUAUAAUCCAACCAUCUUAAACAAGUUUCCAUCCGUUUUCCAACGGAAUUUUCCCCAUUACCUAGCAUCGGACUCUCAAUUAUUGAGUAACUAUAUUUUGAAUUUGGUUAAAGCCUUAGAGUAUUGUGGGGAAUUGCAGUACGAUGUUUGGCUAUUGGUCAUUGAAUGUUGCAUAAAGCUUGACGUCGAAUUGCAAAAUGAUCUAGAUGAUUUGGAUGAUGAAGAAAUCGAUGAGUUGAUCAACGGAGUAGAAGAAAGUGACAAAGGAGGGAAUGGUGAGAAUAAUUCAGAUGAUGACUCAGACUCAGACGCAGACUCAGACGACGAAAAGGAUCCGGAAAUUGACAGUGGUAGUGACAGUGAAGAUGAGAAUAUGGGAGAUGAAGAAUACUUAAUCAACCCAAUGACAACUACAAAGGAUAUUAGAUUGCUAGUCAACAGAUUGGAUUCAAUAAUCCAUUUGCUAUUGAAAUCGGCAUCGGAGUCGUUCAAUGCCGAACAAUUGAACGAUGGUAAUGGUGUUUAUCUCUUCAACACUUUGUCUUCCCUUUUCAGAAGUCAUAUUUUACCCACUCACUUCACCAAACUGAUCCAAUUCCUCUUGUUUCAUAUCACCCAAUACCAGAUGGAAUUGAGUGAUUCAUUUUUGGUUUUAUUGAUUGAUAUAACAUUCAAUCCUAGCCAAAUUUUGGAAACCAGAUUGAAGUCAAUGCAAUACUUAUCUUCAUAUAUUGCCAGAGCCAAGUGUCUUUCCAAGAAUCAAAUUGUCUUUGUGGUUAGUUACUUGGUGGGCUGGCUCAAUAAGUAUAUUGAGGAAAGAGAGUUUGAGAUCAACUUAUCCAAUUCCAAUGACAAAAGCGUUGGGGGAAUGGAAAGAUUUAAAUUAUUCUAUUCUACAUUUCAAGGGUUGUUAUACAUUUUUUGUUUCAGGUACAAGCUUUUGCAAGUGGAGAUCAAAGGUGAUUUUGAAUGGGAAGGGGAAAUUGAUAAGUUUUUUCAAAGGGUUAUCAUCACCAAAUUCAAUCCUUUGAAGUUUAUUGACGAAACUGUAUGUUUCAUUUUUGCCAAUAUUGCAACAAAGUUGAACGUGUGUUAUUGCUAUUCUAUAAUUGAGCAUAACAAAAGAGAAAGAAUGUUGCAUACCAGCACAGACACCAAGGAUAAUAAUCUCAGCCUUCCUGCGAGUAUUGGUAACUUUAAGCAGAAGCAAGAGUUUUUGGAUUUAGAGGGUUAUUUCCCAUUUGACCCGUUGGUUUUACCUUUAAGUAAGAAGCUCAUUACCAGCAAUUACAUAGAAUGGUCAGAGGUGAAUCCAAAUCAGGAUGAAGAAGACGAGGAUAGUGCCAGUGGUAGUAAUCAUCAUACUUCAAGCGAGGAAGAGGAUUUUGAGGAAGAGAAUAAUAAUGACGGUUCGAGUUCUAGUAGCGACGACAAUGAUACAGAUGAAGAAUGACUCAUAUAGCAUUAAAAUAGAUAUACACAUAAUUAUCUACAUCUUUUUGUAGUUUUAACAGAAGAAAGAGGAUGCAAAAAAACAACUUAUGAUCCCACCGGGGAUCGAACCCGGGAUCUUCUCCGUGUGAAGGAGACGUCAUACCGCUAGACCAUGGAACCUUUUCC